AUGACUGCCGAUAAUCGUCCACAAACCUGCUCGGUUGGCUCAAACACCUGUGCUGCUGGCUACUGGUGUCACUUUGGUGCCAGCCUAGAAACUACCGUAUGUUGCCCAGGAAGAGUGCAAGGACAGGCAAUUUGCCAACAACAGCUGGCACUUGGCAGUGGCAACGCUGCUCUGCCAAGAUGGUACUACGAUGCGCAAAGCAUGCGAUGUGUUCAGUUCUUCUAUAGAGGACGCCUUGGCAAUCAGAAUAACUUCCUUACCCGAGAGGAAUGCGAACAAACGUGUCCCGGUCUGUCCCAAUUACUAAUCAAAACACAUUCUUUGAAUCCUUAG